AAAGGAAGAGCACAGGUGAGCAUUUACUGGGUUAGGCAGUGUUUUUGCAUUAUGUUUCCCAACAUGCUGGAGACGGUGAUAACAUUAUUUCUGAAAUUCCCACCCUGUGCUCCCAGAGCUUUAAGGAGUAUAUGGACAGGGCUACCUUGUCUUUGUCUGCAGUCUUGGUAAAGUUAACCCACAGCCUGGAUAAUCAAUCUGCAGGUAACUAAAAGUCAGCAAGAACAGAUUUGUCAGUUUAGAGGAUUUACUGAAAAUUUGUCAAGGAGAAGAAUUUUAGGUCAGACUGAAAUAAAUGUUGUGAUCCCCAUGAUUCUUUUAAAUGCACAAAAAAGUGCUGAACUCAUUUUCAUUCAUCUAAACAUUUCAUUUCUAAAAAUGACACCUUUUUAUUUAGCUUUCUUAUUGUUUAUUCAUUCAUUUUGAAAAUACACACAACUUUUCAAACAAAGAUGUCAUCUUGAAAUUAAAAGCUGUAAGACUGUUUCAAAAAUAGCAAAAACAAUAUUUGGACAUUUCUGCAAUCUCCUUUCCUGUUUUAUUUCUUUUAUUAAAACUAUUUGCUAAAGUCUACCUGAUAUCAUGGAUAACCUCUGCUAUGCUUAAAUUGUGUCGCUGGCCAAAUUUACUGCUAGCUGCAAUAAUUUCAUUCAACUUUGGUGUAAAGUCACUGGGAAACUGCUUGAGUGAGUGGAAACAGCUGGGAAAGGGUGAACAUGGUGAAGAGAAAACCAGUGAGGGAUUAGGUGAAGACAAAGUCUGCAAAGCUAGCAAAGAAAAAGAGGUUCCUUUUAGUACGAUCCUGGAUUAAAUGACACAGGGAACUGCGUAGCAUAGCAACACAUGACCCUUAUGAAAUUAUGUUUGUUUGUUUUUUUUUUUCCCCUCCUGCAUAACCCCAGUCAUUUUCUGUCUUCCCUGUCUGUGCUUGUACAGUCCUGCAGAUGACAGAACCAGUUCUGUGGUUUUGUGGUGUUCUUUGCCAGAGUAUAGUGUAUGCAGAUGAGUAUUAAUUUAAAAACUUGUUUGAUUGCAUCUGUUCUUUGGAUGUGUCAGAGAAAAAAAAAUAUUCUUCUUACAUUUCACAUAAGAGGAGUUAUGCAUUAGUCUCUCCUAAAAGACACCAUUUUUGCACAGCUUGGUUUCCAAGGGAUGUCCAAACCCAGGCAGAAGUGGUGCCCAUCUCAGUCUUUCCUAGCUGAUCUAGUACCUGAACACAGAGAAGCCCCUACAGGUAGUAUAGUUUAAACCUUAGUCCUAGUGAGAUCCUGUGAAUGCAUCGACAGUGAGGGGAAGGUAGGUUGUCACUAACCCAGAGCUGGACAAGUGAGAGAGCAUGAUGCAGAGGUCCCGGGUUCAUAUCCUACCUAAUCUAUGUUAGCUGGACUUCAAUGCUGUGUCAUAGAAAUCUCUCAAAGACAUCAUAGGAACCUGGAGCCACCUAACUCAGUGGGCCUCUUUAGGAUCAGAUGUAUGGUUAGUAGAUCAUCUGAUGAUUCUUUUCCUUUUCAUUGAUUGUAAAGGGAUUUUAGAUUAAGUAGUUCAGAGCUCUGCCUCAGUAUGUCGACAUCCUGGGCAGGAUACAGUUGCUUCCACAUAUAUGUCUCAUUUGAGAUGACCUGGGAUGUUCACCUGGCUUCUGGAUGCUGCUCUAUAAGGGUGAGAGUUUUCCCUACAUCUCUUCUCAUAUCUGGCAGCACAGCAUGGAUGUCCUUCUGACCCUGAGGUUUCUUAGAGGUUUCUUAGAGGUCUGUGUAUGAGCAAAUAACAUCAAGCUUUAAGUAUCAGCCAUGGCGAGAGCUGAAUCACUCUUAAGGUCUGUCAACUAACAGCAGGAUUCAGUUGCCUCAGUCUAGAUACAUAGUGCUAUGUGAUAUGCUUUGAAGUGUGCAGGACAUCUUCAGGAGGGUAGUGGUUCAGUGUGUGGGCAUGAAACAUUUACCCUUCUUUCAGUGGAUUUCUUUGCAGGAACAGUAGUUGAGAAAAACUCAACCAGUUGUACAGAUGUGGAUUUACUGGGCAAAGAGAAUAAAAAGAAAGAUUAGAGAUCAUGUUAAUAUUUCUGGUGCUUACAUCUGAAUUAAAAUAUUUUCCAAGGCUUUCCUGUUAAUUUCCUGCUGGCUGUGCCUUUACCCCUCUGUGCCCCAGUGCCUCCAUUGCGUAACUCGUCUGCAGCAAUCACUGUUCUCCCAGAGCAAGAGGCUCUUUGGAUAUUUUUCUCUUUUGCAUCUGCCAGCCAGGCACCCACAUUUGAAAACUUUGCUUGGGGGCCAGUCAUUAACACCUUGGUAGCUUGUAAAGUGUGGCUUUUCCAAGGCCAUGCAGCUUUUCAGUGGCAGAGAUACAACUGUGACCACAUUCCUCGGGGCUCAUCGCUUACAGCUACACCUGGACGUCCAUCCCCGCUGCUUCUCCUGUGAGGCAGAUUAGGACUUGACACUGCUGCACGCACGUUCGUGCACUCAGUGCCUCUCCACCCAGUAUUACCUGUUCUCUUUGACAGCCCUCAAUUUCUGUCACUGCUUCCCUGGGCUGUGCCACUUCACAGGUUGAAGGUGAUGUCUCAUUUUGGCAGGUUUUCAGGGAACAGAGACAGAUCAGGUGAGCACAGACCAUCUCACGUUGUGGCUGUGGUCAGAGUGCCUUUUCUUGCAUGGCACUGAUGGUAUUGUAGGAGAUGAACCCGGCAGUUUCCUGAAUUUAAUACCUGCAGGUAAAUGGGAGCCAGGUGCAAGUCUGUGAUUUUACCUUGUGCUGCUUGGAACCAGACACAUGGGGAAAGGAGCCUGGAAAUCUGUAACAGCUACCGUUAAACAGCCACAUGGAUGAUGGAGCUGGGUCCUGUGCACUGACUUUUUUUUGUGUGUUUAAAACAAUUAGUGUUUUAUAACUGGUGGGGGUGUCUGCCAGCAGAUCAAGGUGCAGAGAGUACUCAGCAGUGAGCUGAUAAGGUCUGAAAGGGUCGCUUUGAGCCUCCUGGAAUUAGCUGUAUUCUUAGCUCCGGUCUUCAACAAAUAAAAUCAAAUCAUAAACCCAAGUUCACUCACCUCUCCAAAGGGGAAAUGAUGUCUGGGUGAAACUCAAUGCAAGCAGGCUUCUGAAGGAAGUCAUAAACUCAGAUCUGCCCUUCCCUGAAAAAGCUGGAGAGAAAGUGCGUCUGUUUGCCAGGUGUGGAUGGAUCGCUGCAGUGUGACACUGGCGGAGGGUUGCCAACUCUGCCGGUGUUUUCUGAGCCAGUGUGCUGGCUUAUAACAAGCUUAGCUGAUAAAGGCCCCUUUGAUUUACAUAAGAGAAAAGAAACCUGAUUACAUAUUUGCUGUAACGUAGGUGGGUGUGUUUAAGUGGUGACAUGAAAGAGCAGGAGACGGGGGAGAGAAGAUGCUGUCUGGAUGCAGACAGGGCAUGGACUCAACUGAAGAGAAGAAGAAAGGGAGAUCGGCCACGUUCUACCCUCUGGACAACACCCCCUUCCUGCUUCCUGUGGAUGAGACACAACCGCCAGUGCUCACCAGCAGCAUGGAGCCCGUGGGCGUUAGCACAGAGAUGGCACUGCUCAGCAACAUCCUAGCAGCAUACGCCUUCAUCACAGAAAACCCUGAGCGGGCUGCUCUGUAUUUUGUCUCCGGAGUGUGCAUUGGACUCGUCUUGACACUGCUGGCCUUGGUGCUCAGGGUGUCCUGCCGAACGGACUGCAAACGCUCCUCCGCCAAAAAACCUCCUCGGGAGCGGGAGAGCGACAGUGACAGCAGCGACAGUGACGACGAUUCGGACACCACUUCUGACCUCUCUGCCCGCAGGCACCGCAGGUUCGAGAGGACUUUGAACAUGAACGUCUUCACGUCGGCGGAGGAGCUGGAGCGAGCUCAGAGGCUGGAGGAACGGGAGCGCAUCAUCCGGGAGAUCUGGAUGAAUGGCCAGCCAGACAUCCCAGGGACCAGGAGCCUCAACCGCUACUACUAGGUGGUGGGGAGCCCAACCAUCCCGCACUGCUCCUCCACACCUGGUAGAGGAGAGGGAGGGGAGCAGUUUCACCUGGAUGUCUCCUCUUUUCCUUCCAGGAGUACUACCUGGGGCAGUGUGGAUGGACAGCAAUAAAGCUUUCCCCCUCUCCUUUUCCCUGACAUAUUGCUAUCACCCCUCUUCAUGGACACUUUCUGGUUACAUCAGAGGUGGUUGCCAACUUUGUUUCUUAGUAGCCGUCAGGAAGCCGGCGAUUAGAGUCCUCCCAUGUGGGGCAUGGAGCUUGGCACGCCGCGGUACAAGCGCUCCCCUCUUGGCUGGGGAGAGGAGUCAUCUAGGUUUUGGUUUUCGUUUAGGAUUUUGGGGUUUCUCUUUCCUGAGGACUUUGGGAGAAUUGUGAACGAAACUACAAGUCUGGAAAGAUGAUUUGGGAAGGGAGGGGGAGGUACAUCCUGACCGAUUGUCUUGUGACUUCAGAAGCCAUGAGAUUAACCUAAUUAAAACCCAACGGCAAAUGACAUGUUAAGAACUGGGGGAUGGGGGGGAGGGGGGGAUUCUUCCAUCGUGAAAUCAUCUCGGUGCUUGGAUGUUUGCCAUAGUGUAUUCAGUUAUUUAUGGCUGUCUUUUCAUCUUCCUUUUCAAUGGGAGCAUUUUUUUUUUUUUUUUACUGACACCUCAGGGAUAAAAUCCUAUUAUUUUUUUGAGUCUGUUCUCCCUGCUGGCCCCUGUCAAACACAACCCAACCCACCUCCGACAGUGAAAUUAUGGUAAUAUAAGAGAUGUGUCAGUGAUUGGUGAGAUGUUAACAACCUCAAAGAGGUUGAAAAGGGUUUUCUUUUUGUUUGUUUUGUUUUAAAUAUAUAUAUAUAUAUAUUUGAAGAUGCUGCACAGGAAUGUGCCUUAUUCUUUUUUUUUGUUGUUAAACUACAGUUUUCCUAUGGAUAGCAAUGCACAAUGUUUUAUAUAUUUUAUUAAAAAAAUAAAAAAGGAAAAGGUCUAUGUUUACCAGAGGAAAAUGGAGACAGAAGAAGACACGUAUAACAGCAGAAUGGGUAAUAAAUGCUAAAUAAACUCUGGUUUGCUUCAA